AUGAAAUCUCUUUAUUUAGUUUUUCUCACUCAAGUAAACAAUCAGCAAUAAGUAUUAUUAUUUCAAAAUACUCCAUAAUAAUCAUUCUCACUUCCUUCAACAGAAAUUACAAAAGAGGAUUUCUUAAGUGCAUCAAUAGCUGGACCUAAAAUAAUCUUGGAUUCUUUGAAAAAUAUUGAAUUAUAGAAAUUUUCAUUUUGUAAGAAAGAAUAUUUAGAUAUGGUUGAUUUUGAUAAUUAUAAAUACAAAGAAAAAUAUGUAUGGAGUUAAAGUUCUUAAUAGGAGAAAGUAUAAAUUCAAUUAAAUUUUUAGGAAUUAUUAAGACAUAAGAGAAAUGUUUAAGCUCCACUUUGGACUUAAUUUUUUAAUAAUUGUCCAUUAUGGAAUGAUGAUAAAGAAGAAAACUUUUAUUAUAUAAUAGCGUUAUAAUAAAAUGAUCUUGAUUACAUUAAUUCACAACAAGGUUUGAUCAUAAAGUAAAAAUAUUUUAUUCAACAUUAAUAGAUAAGUUAAUAUAUAAGAAUUAGAAUAAAAUUUAUAAUUAAAUGGGGAGAAUCAAAAGUUUAAAGAUUUAUAAAAUGCUUUAAUAAAAAAUGAAUAUUUAAGAAUUGAUGGUAGAAUUGUACUUCAUUUUAAUUUCAAAACUAAAUAGCAUUCAUUUUAUGAUGGAUCAGGUUUUUUCUUGGAUACAGUCUCAAUUUAUAAUGGAAUAUUUAGAAGACGAUAUGAUAAUUGGAAUCAAUAUAAUGUUGCUUAAGGACAUUAUCCAAGUGAAGAAAUAAUUAUAAGAGCUGAUGCAAUUAUUAUGCCUGGUAAUAGAAUAUCUGUUUAUGAUCAUUAUAAAUGGAUAGAAGAUGUUAAAUUGAUAUUAAAAAAGGCUUAUGAAAACAAUCCAAAAGUUAAGAUUCUUGGAAUUUGUUUUGGCUUUUAAAUACUUACUGUAGCAUUAGGAGGGAUUGUAGAAAGAAUGAAAUAUUCAUUUGUUUUUGGGAAUACUCCUUUAGAUCAUAAGAUAAAUGUUAUGAAAUAAUUUAAAUUAUUUUAAGGAAUAGAAUUAAAAGAGAGAACUAUUAUAAAUUAAGCUCAUGGUGAUGAGAUAACAAAACAUCCAGAUUUUUUGUAUUUAAUCUCUUCUAGUGAUUCUUGCAAAGUAAAUUUAGUAUAUAUAUAUAUUAUUAGAAUGAAAUCAUGAUUUCUAAAGAUGAAAGAAUUUUGGUAUUUUAGGGACAUCCAGAAUAUUCAAGUGCAGGAAUGAGUAUGUUAUCUCUUGCAUCAAGAUUACCAUCAGAUAAAUCUACAUUAGAUUAAGUUAUUAAGGAAGUUAAAAGAUAGUAUCCUUAAGAAUAGGAUAGUUUUCAUUUAAAUUUAUGUUUAAAAUUUCUUAAAAAGUGA